AGAAGUCAUACUGGAGAGAAACCACAUGAACAUAAUCAAUGUGAUAAAGUUUUUUCAUGUCACAGUAGUCUCCAAAAACAUAAAAGAACAUAUAUUGGAGAGAAACCUUAUGAAUGUAAUCAAUGUGGUAAAGCCUUUUCAGACCACAGUACUCUCAAACAUCAUAAAAGAACACAUACUGGAGAGAAACCUUAUAAAUGUAAUCAAUGUGGUAAAGCCUUUUCAUGUCAUAGUGGUCUCCAAAAACAUAAAAGAACACAUACUGGAGAGAAACCUCAUGAAUGUAAUCAAUGUGGUAAAGCCUUUUCACAACAUAGUAGUCUCCAAUAUCAUAAAAGAACACAUACUGGAGAGAAACCUUAUGAAUGUGAUCAAUGUCGUAAAGCCUUUUCAUGUCACAGUACUCUCCAAGCACACAAAAGAACACAUACUGGAGAGAAACCUUAUGAAUGUAAUCAAUGUGGUAAAGCCUUUUCAGACCACAAUACUCUCAAAUAUCAUAAAAGAACACAUACUGGAGAGAAACCUUAUGAAUGUAAUCAAUGUGGUAAAGCCUUUUCACAACACAGUCAUCUCCAAAGACAUAAAAGAACACAUACUGGAGAGAAACCUUAUGAAUGUAAUCAAUGUGGUAAAGCCUUUUCACAACACAGUAGUCUCCAAAGUCAUAAAAGAACACAUACUGGAGAGAAACCUUAUGAAUGUAAUCAAUGUGGUAAAGCCUUUUCAUGUCAUGGGAAUCUCCAAUCUCAUAAAAGAACACAUACUGGAGAGAAACCUUAUGAAUGUAAUCAAUGUGGUAAAGCCCUUUUCAUGUCAGAGUGGUCUCCAAUAUCAUAA